AUGCACAUUGUUUUUCCUCAGGAUGAUGGCAUCUUCCAGCAGGACAAUGCAAGGUACCACACAUCUGCCAGUGGUGCCAUUUUAACAGGUCCUCCUGGAACAGGGAAAACCCUUUUAGCAAAAGCUACUGCCGGAGAAGCAAAUGUCCCUUUCAUUACUGUUUCUGGAUCAGAGUUCCUUGAAAUGUUUGUUGGUGUUGGUCCCUCUAGGGUUCGGGAUAUGUUUUCUCUUGCCCGAAAAAAUGCCCCCUGUAUAUUGUUUAUUGAUGAGAUCGAUGCAGUUGGUCGUAAAAGAGGUGGAAGAAGCUUUGGAGGUCACUCAGAGCAAGAAAACACAUUAAACCAAUUGUUGGUUGAAAUGGAUGGGUUUAACACCACCACCAAUGUAGUUGUUUUAGCUGCUACGAAUCGGGUAGAUAUUCUUGAUCAGGCAUUAUUACGUCCAGGACGAUUUGACAGACAGAUAUUUGUGCCUGCACCUGACAUCAAAGGAAGAGCUUCCAUUUUCAAAGUACAUCUUCAGCCUUUAAAAACAUUAAUUGAUAAGAUGGAUCUAAGUCGUAAAAUGGCUGCUCUCACUCCAGGUUUUACAGGAGCAGACAUUGCCAAUGUGUGCAAUGAAGCAGCUCUGAUUGCUGCACGUGAUCUAAAUGAGUCCAUCCACAUGAAACAUUUUGAACAAGCUAUUGAAAGAGUAGUUGCAGGCAUGGAGAAAAAGACUUCUGUUCUUCAACCUGAGGAAAAACGAACUGUAGCAUACCAUGAGGCUGGGCAUGCAGUAGCAGGUUGGUUCCUUGAACAUGCAGAUCCACUGCUUAAAGUGUCCAUUAUUCCCAGGGGCAAAGGUUUGGGGUAUGCUCAGUAUCUACCCAAAGAACAGUACCUUUAUACUACUGAACAACUUUUUGACCGUAUGUGCAUGACUUUGGGAGGUCGUUGUUCCGAGCAAAUUUUCUUUGGAAAAAUCACCACUGGUGCUCAAGAUGAUUUGCGGAAAGUUACACAAAGUGCUUAUGCUCAGGUUGUUCAAUUUGGCAUGAAUGAAAAAGUUGGACAGCUGUCAUUUGAGAUGCCACAGCCUGGAGAUAUGGUCCUUGAUAAACCUUAUAGUGAAGCUACUUCUCAACUUAUUGAUAGUGAAGUAAGAAGUCUUAUAUCAAGAGCAUAUGAUCGAACACUGCAGCUUUUGAAGGAACACCAGAAAGAUGUAGAAAAGGUCGCCCUUCGUCUUCUUGAUAAAGAAAUAUUGAGCCGUGAUGAUAUGAUAGAAUUGCUUGGAGCUAGACCAUUUAAAGAAAAAUCCACAUAUGAAGAAUUUGUUGAAGGGACUGGAUCAUUUGAAGAGGACACAACACUGCCUAAAGGGUUAGAAGGAUGGAACAAAGAUCCAAAAACUGAUAAAAAGCCAUCUCCAAAACCAGCACCCACAGAAUCUUGAAACUAUAACUGUUGCUUUUAGAGUUUUACGCUAAUUAAAAAUCAUCUCUUCUUGUUAUAGUCAUUUUGCAACAAAUUUUAAUUUUGCAAAAAGCCUAGUAGCAUUAUACAGAAAACUUACAUGGUAUCUCAAAAUUUUAUGCUUUAUUCCAUAUUGUGACUUUUGUUGAGAUCAUAUAGUUUCUCUUCAGUUUUGUUUAAAAGUUUAAGAGUUUUUUUUUACUGUAGCAAAUUGGAUGGGUUUACUGUAAAUUAGUUUUUCAUUAUCAACACUAUUUUAGUUUUUUCAAACUCCAAUUAUACGUAACAUAUUGAGAAAAAUUCAUGUUAAGAUAUAAUUAAAUAAUCUAUCAGUAAAAGUUCAUUCUUAAGAGUAAACCUACAAUGUACAAAUAUUUAUUUCUUAGAUGUACAGAUGUUUCACAUUCUUUUUUUUUUUUUGCAUAAAUGUUAUUUUUUUCCUUGUGCCUGAUCAUUAGUAAUUUAUUAACAAAAUAUUUGAUGUUAGUACUGCUAAGUCAUUUGAUUCUUUAAUCUUUCAUAAUUGACUAGUGUACUUUUUUUUUCCACUACUGGAGAAAGUACUCCUUGAAAGUUUCAGGUUUUUAGAAAUAUCAUUUUAAAGACAUAUUAAUUAUUAAUCACAAUAAAUGCUUUAUUAAUUCUUGUAGCUAUGGCAAAUGAGAAAAUAAAAAAAAAAACCUGGUAGUGUUUCAUUUUUAUACAUAAUCAACUAUUUAGAUUCAACUUAGAGGCUUUUUUUUUUCUUUGCAGCAUGUAUAUAUUUUGAAUAUGUAUUUAUUUCAUAUUUAAACUAACUAAAAAUGUUGAAACUUUUUUUAAAAUUAUUUUCUAAUAUUUUAUUAUUUUUUGCUCUUAUGAAGUACAUUUGCAGAAAAUUUUUGAAAUGAUUAUGAGCAUUAUCAUUAGGAAAUCAGAAGGUCAUGUUUUUAAAUAUAAAGUUUUUUAUAACUUUCAUAUAAAUUCUGUUAAUGAUAAUUCAAAAGUGAAAAAUAGUAGGACAUUUAUUUUCUAUGUUAAAUUCUCAAAAAAGCAAAUGAACUAUUGAAUAUUUGUGUAUAGUUCUUUCAUAAUUCAUCUGUGAAGAAAUAUAAAGUAUUAUGGUGUUCAAUCAAUAUGUAUACCUUUAGGGAUUCUAGUCCAACAAAACUUGAAAGAAACUGUUCUCAUUUCAAUACUAAUUAAGAUUUGUUUUUAUUAGGGACUUAUUUAAUUUAUUUUGUGAUACAUGAAGAGUUGAUGUAAGAGAAUUGUACAGUUGUAUAGUAUUUAUGUGAAUAUAAAAUAUU